CCAAUCAUGCUUCAAAUCAGGAAGCAGAACCCUGAGAAUUUUAUCAGUGCCCUGACCACAUUGCUGCUGACGCCCACACACAGAGAGACACAGAGACUUUGCAAACCUCCUCCUUGAGAGGGGAGGGGGGAAGCGCUGAACAAUGGAUGCCCAAGAAAGAGCAGCCCUAGAUAUUUCUACCAGAAACCCACAAGAGGACUUUGAACUUCUGCAGAGAGUUGGCGGAGGGACCUACGGGGAAGUCUAUAAGGCAAGGAACAAGGAGACGGGGAAACUGGCUGCUAUCAAAAUGGUAAAGAUGGAAGCAGACGAUGACUGCGCCACCAUUCAGCAAGAGAUCUUGAUGGUGAAGACCUGCCAACAUCACAACAUUGUAGCCUAUUAUGGCAGCUACCUCCGGGUUAACAAGCUGUGGAUUUGCAUGGAGUUCUGUGGUGGAGGAUCUCUUCAGGACAUCUACCAAGUCACCGGGCCCCUGUCAGAGCUGCAGAUCGCCUACGUAUGCCGUGAAACACUGCAAGGUCUGGCUUAUCUUCACAACCAGGGGAAGAUCCAUAGAGACAUCAAGGGAGCCAACGUUCUCCUCAACGACCACGGGCAAGUCAAACUGGCGGAUUUUGGAAUCUCUGCCCAACUCAGUGCUACCUUUGCCCGGAGAAUGUCUUUCAUUGGCACCCCUUACUGGAUGGCCCCAGAGGUGGCAGCGGUGGAACUGAAAGGCGGGUACAAUGAGCUGUGCGAUGUGUGGUCAGUGGGGAUCACCGCUAUUGAGCUUGCAGAGCUUCAGCCCCCCAUGUUUGACUUACAUCCUUUGCGGGUCCUGGUCCUGAUGACAAAGAGUGGCUACCAGCCCCCAAAGCUCAAGGAGAAAGCCCGGUGGACUGCGGCCUUCCACAACUUUGUCAAGGUGGCGUUAACCAAGAACCCCAAGAAGCGGCCCACUGCCUCCAAGAUGCUGACUCAUCAGUUCAUUGCUCAGCCAGGACUGAGCCUCAGCCUGACCCUUGACCUCCUGGAGAAGCUGCGGGAUCCCGACAAGCUGCCCAGCUGCAGAGGUGAGACGGAUGAAGAGGAGCAAGAGCCACCUCCACCUCCAGUGCCUCGAAGGAUUCGCUCCAGCCAACGGCAGGGCGUGACCUCAUCUGGAUGCACCACCUCCACGGUGCAUGAUUUCGGCCUCGCUCUUGGAAACAGGCAGACUCUGGAGUCCCCAAACUUUACGGAAAUCACUGCGGACCCUGGUUAUGGUACUGGCAGCCUUCUCUACGUCUCCACAUUGGCUCGCAGGGAGGACAUAGCCAACUCAGACGAUGAUUACGAUGAUGUGGACAUACCCAGCAGCUAUAAUACAAGCAGUGACACCUCAGCUCUUGACCUCCCACCCCCGCUGCCCCCCAAGCCCAAGCUCUGGAUCCUAUCCGAUGAGACUGCAGUGGACCGAUCUUCUCCGUGGUGUCCCGCCAAACCCAUAUUCCGGGGACGGUGCUCCAGUGGGCCCGUGACAGGACGAGCCCCUCAACCAGCUAUGCCGAUGGGGGCCCAGGCCUCCCACCUCACUGCCAAAUCAGUUCCUGAACUGCGGCCAAUCCCCCAGGCCGAUGGACCCCCCAUUCUCCCACCCAAGCCGGAGAAGCAGAAACCCGAGAGGGUGCUCUUCAAGAAGGUUUUUGACGAGUGCCCCUUACGUGUCACCUCAGCUACUGCUUGGACCCACCCAAAUACCAACGAGCCGCACUUCAUUCUGGGUGCUGAAGAAGGGAUCUUUGCCUUGAACCGAAGCGAGUCAGAGCCCACCCUAGAGCUGCUCUAUUACAGCCGCACGACUUGGGUAUACUGCAUUGGAAGUGUCCUCAUGUCACUUUCUGGCAAGGCCUCCCAGCUCUUCUCCCACAACGUGCUGGGCCUCUAUGAGCAGAGCAGACGAGACCAGCGCCCCGGCAUGUACAUUUCCUCCCACCGGCUAUUACCCAGGAAAAACGCCACCACCACCAAGAUUCCGGAUACUAAAGGAUGCCAGAGAUGCUGCGCAGCCAGGAACACGCAGACUGGCUGCCACUAUCUAUGCGGGGCACUGGAGGGAAGCGUGGUGCUGCUGCAAUGGUACGAGCCCAUGCAGAAGUUCAUGCUGGUCAAGCAUUUUGACUUCCCACUCCCCUCGCCGCUUCCCAUCUUUGAGAUGCUGACGUCUCCUGGUGAGGAAUACCCAGCAGUCUGCAUCGGCGUGAGCAAGGGGCCACCAGGCCAGGAAGUGCAGUUCCAGAUCAUCAACCUCAACUCUCUGACCUCCUGGUUCAUUGAUGAUGACAGCGAACCUGCGUGUUCUGGCCCAGUACAGGUGACCCAGCUGGACAACAAGACUGUGCUGGUUCUGAUGGAGAGGAGCAUCCACUUUGUCAGCCCCCAAGGCUUGCUACUUCAGAGCUCCCCAGAACUCACCUUUGGCAUGGCAGUGGAGUCAGUCGCGGUGGUGCAGAACUGUGUGCAUGCAAUUUGGCGCCAUGGUGUGCAGACAUGGCUUCUUGGAUCAAAACAGUUGCAACAGGAGGUGCAGGAUCAGCGGUGGACCUUCCGUUUAAUAGGAAACUCCAGCACCAUCGUGGUAGAGACGCGGCCUGUGGACAAUCCCAACUCCACCAGCAAUCUCUACGUGCCGGAAUGACACUCGCCACACAUCAAUCUAUCAAUUGUGCAAACGUGUACAAAGACCCCAGGCCGUCCCAACCCUGUCUCCAGGCCUCGUAGGUAUACAUCUCAGGCAUGGAUAGCCUUGUAGGAGGAGAUGAGGUGGGGGGAAGAGAGGAAGGAGCCAGCCUGCCUCCGUGCUGCUCCAAAAGGACCACUUGGCAUUUGGCCUGCAGCUUCUCCCCAACAGACACAAAAGGGAUAUCAGGCUCCUGGUUUUGCAUCUUUACAUAUGACUCCACCCUGGUUAAAAAAAUGUGUUCCAAUUUUGUUCUCCUUUGAUUGUUUUUAAUAAAGAGCCCAUAAAAGUGUU